GUUACAUUAGUUUGAUAUUCAAAAAGUUUGACUGUCAUGCCGGGCAUCCAUAACACGGCAAAAAGGACCCGAAAAAGCAGGGUUGUGGGAGUCUGGGCGAGUGGCUUGGUACUUGGCGACACACGUCAUGCCCCUCGCUUUGGCGCUUAUUACACGCAAGUGCCCAGCGUGAGGAAUACCUUAAAAAGGUUGAGGUCUAUAGUGUAAAGGAAGAAAAGUUCCAUCAUUUGAGGUUCUGUUCCUUUGAUCGUUCUGUCCGUGAUACCCUGAAGAAGACGCUGAUCUUUGCCCCGCCAAACGAAAGCAGCAGACCAGACCAGACCAAACCAAACCAACAAUAUUCCGGACGUUCUUCUGACGCAAAUCUACUUAUCCUAACUUCGCCGAGUCUUCUACAUACAUCAAUAUCGAAUUAUAACAGACAUUGAUAGCGGCCGACCUUUCGGAUCGUGAAAUACCUCUCUUCCCCUCACAAGAAAUACACGGAAAGCUCUCUGUAAUCGACUGUUGCGCAAGAGACAUGGCUGCUGAGGCCAGAGAUACGCCCGCAGUUGUUGAGGAUGCUCCCGCGAAUCCUCAAUCUACCGUUGACCUCCCAGUGCGAUCAAAGCAAGAUGCUACGCCGCCACCAGGCCAGACGUUGACUGGCAAGCAAGAACACUACCUCAAGAGAGAGCUUAUUUCGGAGCAGGUACAGUGGGAAAUAAACGAACUCAAUUCUACCACCGCCCUCCAGCGUUUCGGCGCGCCAUUUCGCUCCGAUCAUGGUGAAGUACCCCCUGAGGAGUCCGAACUGCCCAUUCUGCGAUACAUCUUCGUCCACCAUAUUCGCGACUUUCCCUUCCUUGACAAGGCGCGCGAGAAGGAGUUCUGGCAGGACAAGCUUCAAGUGUUCCUCGAGUCGUUCGCAGGAAAGCAGAUUUCAUCGUCGGAGGAUCGCCUAGAGGAGACGAAGCGACGAAAACUAGCUAUUAAGGCUAGGAAACUUGUCGAGCUAAUGAUGGUCUCUGGAAUCGGUACAUCAUCAGGAUUCGAGGAGCGCAUUCGGUUUUCAGAGAUUGAGAUUGUUGACAGCAAUGCUAUCGACACUGGUGUCAUGCAUACUCUGCCUGAGGGCAACUAUAUUAAUGGCUGGGAUGUCAAUGUCGCAGGCGUGCGAGUCACCCAAGUCAAGCAUACGAUCCGAAAGCACAAACACGCCGAAUUUAUCCUGCGCAUCAAGAAGAAGGGAGAAUUGGAGCACUAUGUUGGCCGAAGAUAUAGCGACUUUGCCAAACUUCACAGCCGAUUGCGACAAGAGCUUCCUGGUCGAGUCGUACCAGAAAUGCCUAAGAAGAACAAGUCAGAUACUACAACAACGAUCGCCUUUACAUCCAUGUUCAGCAACGGAAACGAAUCAGAUGCCUCCUCUAUUUCUUCAGUUUCGACAAGACCUAAUGGCUAUUCAUCUAUGUUGACGCCUGGUCACCAUAGGGCUGGGUCUGCGGCAUCAUUCAGAUCGAAUCGAUCCAAGGGGCUCAAUUCUCCUAGAAUUCCAUCUCCUCGCAUGUCUACCGAAGGAGGAAGACUUAGCCCCGCCGUCCGCCAGGAUUCGGAUAAGUCAGAUAAGUCAGAGACUGUUGUUCUAUGGCGUGAAAACCAAAGAAUUUCACUGAGGGCGUUCUUGCGAUCUGUACUCCACAACCCCCAAUUUGCUAAUACCAAGGCUAUGCAAGACUUUCUGAGUGGCGAGCCCAUUACUCCCACAGAUGAGGAUGUUGAAGAUAUUCUUCGAAGGAAGGAGGUGGAUGAGAAGCGCAUGGAAGAGCAGAAGCAAUUCUAUGAAAUCGCGAGGAAACGAGCCGCCGAGCUCGAUGAGUACAUGGAACAGUUCCGUCGCGAUAUAGUAGAACACAACGGACUUACCAUGCUCUUCAAAGAGAUCAAGGAAAAGGAGACGAUUCAGGAUCUCAGUAUCCAAUAUCGAAAAUUUGCCGAGUGGCUUCGUAUUGAGAUUGCUGCCGUCAUCUACCACCUCUUCCUGGCCGAGGACAACUCCCCUGAGCUCUUUGCCCAAGCGAGACGUAUACACUCUCUCAUCCCAUACUCGGUUAUCAAGAAUGUUAUUCGAAUUGCAAACCCCGCAGCAGUUAUGUCUGGUGUCUUGGAUAUCUUCCUAGCCCAACCAUUCGGUACACGGUCAUUGAUGCAGAGGAUUUUCUCACUUACGCUUAACGAUGGUAUAAAGAGCUUCCAAAAGUCGAUCGAUAUCCUCGCUAGCAAGAUUGACGAUCCUGUCUUCUCAGACAAGCUCUACAAGUACACACAUGCCGAAGAGCACAUCAAGGUCGCCAUUCGUGAAGAGGCUGAGGCAGAUGAUGUGGACUUGAUCGUGGCGAUUAUGAGAUCUGAUCUCAUUGAACCAGGGCUUACAGGAGAGCAAAUCCAGAGGCUCUACAACGCAUAUGUAGCUUUCAACAACGCGGUGGAGAAUAUUGACGAGGAGCUGCGCCAGGGCGCUCAACUGUUUUCGUACAUGAAGCAGUACUUGAAGCUGUGCACAAGACAGAGGGACAAGGAGAUGAUGCUUCAGUUGAUCGAGGAGCCGGUAACCCUCCAGCUAUUCCGAGACCUCUUCACCAUCUUCUACGAGCCCCUCGUACGAGUUUACAAGUCGGCAAACGUGUACAAUAGUGUUACUGACUUCGCCGUCUUUAUUGAUGACAUGAUCCAGGUCGUCGAUAAGUGCAGAGAGCAAGAUGCCUCGGCUGAUCCAAACCAGACUGUUCAGGCUUUUAUUGAUCUUUGCCAGCGACAUGAGCACAACUUUUACAAGUUUGUCCAUGAAGUGCAUACUCACGAUAACGGCCUCUUCACACAGCUCAUGGGCUGGAUCGAGGGUAUCCUCGAGUUCUUGCGAAAGGGCCCCAAGAACGGAACCCUUAAUGUCAACGCCUUGUUCGAGGGCGGUGUCAGUGCUGGAAUUCUGGAUAAAGACAAGGCAAUUGCAGAGAUCAACUCUCUUAUUGCAUGGCAAGAGGCUCGAAAGAAGUGGCACAACGAUAAAACAAGACAGAAGAUGGCAGCCGAGGGCCAUGCAGGAAGUGACAUGAUGCCAACGGCAAUGGCUUUCAACUCAUCAGACUUUGGAUUAGACAGCGAAGACCUCGAGGAUAUGGCCUACGAUGAUGGCUCAGAGGACGAGGCAGAGGCAGAAGCAGAAGAUGAGUUGGAUCCCAUCGAGGCUGAGAGGCGACGCAGAGCCAAGCGACAGGAUCGCUUGCGACGAAGCGCUGGAGAGCCCGUUAAGCCCCCGGUGGGAGAAGUCCACAAGCUGACCGACAAUUUCUUGGUCAUGCUUCGUGAAGUAUUAUCGAAUUAGAAUCAGUAAGAUAUCCUUGUUGCGGUUGCAUUCGGCCUAUGAGGAAGAGAAGGAGUUGGCUGUAUUGGUUCUGGCAGUAUAAAGAUACAGAGCGACAUGAUUAUAAAGUCAGGGAAUGAUGGAGAAUGGUAGAGCCAGUAGACGUCAAGAUUCUAUCUUUAAUUGCCUUUUUUGGAAUGUCUUGGUGUUUAAAUGUGACGUCUCUCAUGUUUUAUGGUGGUCUGCGAGGUCUAAGACUGAGAAGGUCUAAUUAGGAAUGCUUUCAUGUGUAUGAUCAUAAGUUCCAAGGCUCACAUCAUGACGCUUAGGUUAAGCGUAGUCUUUUAUUGUUUGAGCCCAUUACAGGAG